AUGGCAUCCACAAUAUCGUCAACACCACACAACCAGAGGUGGAGUCCACGAUCAAUUCGAUGUCAUCAUUUAUUGGUACUCGUAUGGAUUAUUUCUCUUUCUUAUCAACUUUUCACUCUUUUAAAUUCUUCUAGUCUAGAUGAUUUUCCUUCGUUAUCAUCGACGUCUUCAGUGAUGAAUUUUCAGUCCUUCCAAAAGGAUCAUCCAAUCUCACAGUUGUAUAGUAAUAAUACUAUCAACAGCAACUCUUCAUUAAUUACGAGUACCAUCAUCCAUUCUCAUGACCACUUUUCCGAACCAGACAACAUUCGAUCGGAACACUACUUUUUCGUGAUGGCUCAAUCUACCUCGACUCAAUGUUUUGAAAGUGUCACCAACAAUACAGUAUAUUGCUGUCCUCCACCUUAUCAAAAGGAAGCUAGAAAAUCAAAAUUGACAGCAUUCUUGUUGUCCUUCUUUUUAGGAGUUUUAGGUGUGGAUCGAUUUUAUUUGGGAUUCUAUUUGAUGGGAGUUAUUAAAUUGUUGACCAUUGGAGGUUGUGGAGUUUGGUGGCUAUUGGAUUGGAUUUUAAUUCUCGCCAACUCAGUAACAGAUGUACGAGGCUGUGCUCUCCGAGAUGACAUUUCUGCUCCAAUUUAA